UUCAAUUAUACGAAAUGCGUUUUUCUAAGGUACAUAAACUUUUGGAAUUGACUGUAUAGCCAAUACAUCCUUAAGUAUUUGACAUAGUUCAGUCUCGUUUCUACUUACUUACGCACAAUUAUGAUACACACAAUUUUUACUUACUUUAUAAAGAUGAACAAUCAUUAUACAUACAUGCGCUUUGGCGCAGACACUCUGUAUACGUGCAAAAUUCAAUUAUCUGUGUAUGUAUUUCGUUAGAUAUACAUACAUCGACGCAUUUAAUUCUAUAUAAAAACAAUAAUGUUUGUCCCACGCAACAGUAAAACUCGACCGAUUUUAAAGUACUUAUAUUCUCGCAAUUUGAAUUUUCAAGACGCUAUGGAUAGAAAUUAUAAAAAGUUUCUUGUAUCAGUGCACUGAUCUCUCAUAUAGAACACUGGAUUGUGCGUUUGUUGUCUGUCAUUUUGACACACAACACACUGAUAUUUCCUAAUACAUAUGUGUGGUCCUCCCCGUGGCCACGCUUACGAGAGACGCGGCACGGCAUGUACGCAACGUACAUUAUCUUUCUCGAGACAAGUAGUUCGGCCGUAGCCAUAAGCAAAUAAAAUUUCCGUCAUUCGAAACGAAGAAGCGUCCUCUUUAAAAUCUCGUUUGAUUCUUCUCGAUCCGAUUUCCGGUUCCGGUGAUAUCGUCAUUUAAAGGCAAGCAUAAUCUUUUCGGCGCCGUUAUUGUUGUUCUUCUCGUACGUCGACCGACUGACGGACCUACCCUAAUCUCCACCAACCGGUCUAGUCUGUCUAGACAUCCAGCUGAUACACGAAAGUAGGUCACUGUGUCACAGACGCUGCACCUAAACAUUGGAAGCCUGUAUCUCCGGAAUAGAUUGAGAUAUCGCGAUGAAUCACAAGCGAUUUUUUUCAUCUUGAUUUCCUCCAGGAAGUUUCCAGUGUUCUAUAUAAAUCAGUGUAUCUAUAAGUUUGAUAUUGUAAUAAAAGGAAGAAAUAAUGUAUUUUUAGAGACUAGUUGUUGGAAAAGGUUGAUUAAUUAAGAAAACUGAUUCACCUAUCGUAUGUGAUCGCAUUAAAAAGUAUUUACUAAAAGUAUGAAUUGCUAGAUAAAUCACAAUUACGUCUUCUGAGAUACACUAUCGCUUUAGUAACUGUUCUCGUAGAUAAAAUCGAUUUUACGUAUUUAUAACAUACCCAUUGAAACAUAAAAUUGACAUAUAUUUUUCGAACUAUAAAAUAACUCUCGGAUUAACAGUCUUCAUUUACGAGCUUCUAUGAUUUUUUACAUUAACAAUAUUUAAUAAACGUCUUAUGAGUAACAAAUAUUGUAUUAAAUAUUGUACUAUAGCUUAAACGAUUAUUUCCCGUGUAAUUUAAGUAUGUUGGUUUAAAAGUCCUCCGGUCAUUGUCAGCAGAUCCAGCAAAGAUAAAUCAUAGAAAAAGAUGAUAUAAUUAGUAUUACGAGAAAUACUUUUAUUGUCAAAGUGCCGUAGAUGUUGCAUAGAUGUAAAAUAUCGUAGUAAACAUCGUAAUCACUUCGUACAUAUAACAUUUGAGGUGAAUAUUUAUUGAUUGCUAAAGUGCAUCGCUUGAAAUAAAUAUUUCCAGACGCAAAGAAAUGUUUCAAAUAGGUAGUUAUGUAUCUAAGAAUAGCUGUAGCAAGAGUUACAUUAUCGAGUAGACUCCAAAUGUAAUAACGUUUCUCAGUACCCAGUUGUUCUAUUUGAAACAUUCCUUUCUCCCUCGAAAUAUGUAAAAGAUCUUCGAGUCGUUCGUAUAAAGUUAUUAUUCUUGCAAUAGGCAACGUGUAAGAAAAAAAACAAAUUUUCUUCGCAGUGAAGAUUAAUCAUUACCUUGGGCGCAAAAUGAUGAGCGCAUCGUAUGCACAAUUGUUAAAAUAUGUAUAUUGUACAGGAAGUUAAUUUUUGAUGGUCCCAUAAAUUCGUAAAAGAUUAACAGUCGCAAGAAACUGUAAGUACAAUUAUAAUAAAAAAUAGUGAGCAGUAAUAAUGCAGUUGUGUAAAAAAUGAUACCAAACAUUGUCAGUGUUCUGUAUUGUAUAUCUUCCAAUACGAAAUAUUUAUUAUCGAAAAGUCCCACUAACGAUAAUUGAUGUUUCAUUUUAUAUUUUCAUUUCAAAGUAAAAAAUUAAAAAACGAACAUUAAUUCCAUAAACGAUAUUCGAUUCCAUAGUAUUUCUUUGAUUGUUGAUUAAACCUUCUCGUAAGAGUAAUUAAUGUCGUGUUACAACAAAGAUUUACGAGUAAGUACAGAAGUAUCGAUCAAUAUAAAAGGAACCUUACACCUGAUACGUAAUAUGUAAGAACAAUUCUGAGAUCCCUGAGUAAAAGUGUGCAAAAUGUUCACUAAAUAUAUUCUAUCAGCUUCGUCCGCGCACAUCGUACGGAGUACUGAAAUACUGAAAAUCGUGAAGUUCAAGACCUACUCUUGUUCCAUGAGACCGAUGCGGACUUCGCUGUGGAUGCUGAAUCGACUAUGGCCAUACAAAUCACAAGACGAACGACGUCUUCAUCAACUGACUGCAACACACGAACGCGCAGAUGCAUUAUUUACAAAUUAUAAAUCGGCACAAUUGAAUAAAAUCAAAUACAAAGAGAAAGAUGUUGCAGGUGAAAUAAAAAAUGAUGAAGUACUUUUCGGUCACGGAUUUCGUUCUUAAAAAUGUUUUUAAAAAAUAUUUAUGUUCGUGUAUAUCUAUACACUUAAAUACGUACUGUGGAUAUUACUACAUUUUCUUUAAGGCUUAUUUCGCGAUAAAAUGGUAAUUAUUAAAAUGCAUAUAUUAAUAAACUUUUUCUCUCUUUUUCUAUCUAUAUGAAUA